AUGGGUGUUGUCCUCACGCACAACAAUGAGAAAACCAACAUACGCAAAUACCUGCAGGUGGCGCCGUCGAAAACCACUAAACUCACGCGGCGUGGGUCCAUACAGCCCCCUCCGAAAGAAAACCCGCCCGCCAAGGUUGAUGUCAAACGUAACAUGUCCUUUCAAAGCAGUUCCCCACCGCCCCUACGAAAUCCAGGCCGCACAACGCCCACCGUCGAAGCUAAAUCAUCCGCGGAUGCUGGAAAACCUGCCAGUCCCGUGGGAAGAAGCCAGAAGGAGAACGCAAAAGUCCCUGUAAAACAAAAUGCUGUGCCCCUCAGCGUAACAAAGACGACAAAUGAAGUGAAACCAUCCCCUGCUGCCGCUGCUACUGCGGCUAUCCCAAAGCCUCCGGUAAUUGUUGAGCCAUCCAAGCAGGAAGCGAAGGCAAGUCUGCGCAACACUAUCCAAGAGCCGAAUAAGACUCCUGAGCAGAACAAGGCGACUUCUCAGCCGUCUCGCAACAGUGAUAAACAACCAAUGAAGGUGCAAGAACCGGACAAGACGAAGCCUUCGGUACUAGGCAGCACUGCGAAAGAACCGACGAGGCUGCAGGAACAGGAGAAGAAGGUAGCUCAGCCGCCGCGUAGUACUGUUCAGGCGACAAAUAAAAGUCCCGAAGGUGGCUUGCGUGCGUCCAUCCUCCCGAAGGAGCAGAAGUUGAACAGUGAUAAACAGCCAAUCAAAAUCCAAGAACCAGAAAUAGGGAAGCCUUUGGUGCCAGGCAGCGCUGCAAAAGAACUGACGAGGCUACAAGAACAAGAGAAGGCUACAAAAGCUUCCGAAGGGGGCCCACGGGCGCCUAUUCCCCCGAAGGAGAACAAGUUAAACAGCACAGCCCCAGCUCCAGCAGCACCUAAACCAACUUCCCCGCAACCGCAGAAUUGGCUGAUCACUAAGCAGAGCCUACCGCCACCUACUGCAUCUACCACGGCCUCCAGCAGUCGUAGAACCUCUACUACAUCUACUGCCUCCACAGCCUCCAGCGCUCGGGCUGCCGCACAGAAUUUGGUGGCUGUGAAGAUGGCCAGCCUGUCCAAGAACACGACCACCCUAGCCAGUCGCAUUCAAGCGUUUUCUGCGGCAGCAGAGGCAGCCGAGAAUAAGACGCGCAGAAAAAAGUUCUCCCUCUACCAGUAA